AUGCACAUAUAUGCAUGCAUAUAUACAGCUGGGCGCUACUACAAUUUGCUUCCGCCAGUGCCGCCGAGCGUGUGGGGCAGAGAGAGAAGACGAGAGCCGCCUUCUUUCUCGCGCGUCACCUUUGCCGACGUGGCGGGCCAUGGCGAAGCGAAGAAACAACUCAGGCAGGUGAUUCAGUUCCUCCGCUCGCCUCAGGCGUUUGACGCGCUCGGCGCCAGAGCCCCGCGAGGCAUCUUGCUCGAAGGCCCAACCGGAACAGGCAAAACGCUGCUGGCCCGAGCAGUCGCUGGCGAGUCUUCCGUUCCCUUUUUGUCGAUUAGCGGAGGCUCCUUUGUGGAGCUUUACGUGGGGCAAGGCGCUGCGCGCGUUAGGGCACUUUUCGAGGCGGCGAAGGCCCAGGCGCCUUGCGUCGUCUUCAUCGACGAAUUCGACGCGAUCGCCCUGGACCGAAAAGAGUGCAUCGGUGAGCGGGAACAGAAAAACAAAGGAAAGCAGGGAAGGAAGAGAGAGAAGGAGGAUAAGGAACAGGGCGAAGAGAAAGCGGAAAUGAGGCUGGACGGCAUGGAGCGACCGAGCGGCGGCGGGCUCCACAGCGCAGGCCUUCGGGGUGCACGAGGAAGUGAUCCAACCCUGGAAAAAGCGUCUUUCGCCGCUUCAGAAGCGUCCGCGUGCGCUCCGUCCUACGAGAAGGAGACGACGCCCGCGUCAUUUCUCGCCUCCCUCAAGCGCGCGCUCGCCUUCCCUCUGUUCUUCCCGUUCCUCCAUCGCUCGGCAACGCCCAGAGGAUCCUCAGACGCGCGUGGAAACUGCGAGGCGCCCUCGCCAUCCCAGGAUUCGCCCUCUGCGUUGCCUCCUCCGAUUGUCGUCCUGGCAGCCACCAAUCGUGUCGCAGCUCUGGACGAAGCUGUCAAGCGACCGGGCCGAUUCGACAUAAUCGUGCGCAUCGAUCUGCCCUCAGAAGGCGAAAGGUUCCAAGCGCUGAAGCUGCACAGCGCGCCGCUGGUGGUCUCGGCCUCAGUGGAUUUCCACGCGCUCGCGCACAGCACGAGCGGGUUUUCCGGCGCGGAGUUGGAAGGACUGUGCAACGAGGCGGCGCUGGGAGCCUCGAGGGAAGGACGGGUCGCCGUCGGCGCCGAGGACUUCGCUGCCGCUCUGGAGACUUUCCAGCGAAGGAAAGGCAGAACUCCACGCAGGCGAGACGCUGCGCGGCAGAGACAGCAAGUCGCAAACCACAGACAGGGUGGUGCAACCGAUCCCCGAGAAGAAAGAGACGACAAAGAAGAAUGUGAGCGCCGUGAGAAGGAGACAGAGCUGCUCGAUCUGGUGCGUGCGUGGGUGCGUGCGGUCGGCGAAAGGGAUUCAACAUGCGACGCAAAUCCGAGGGCAUAG